AUGUCUAAAUUACUAAAAUUUCAAAUAACUUUGUUUAGAAGAUACUCACAAAACUCACCAGAGUAUACAAAAAAAAAGUUCAAUGUCAUUAGAGGCAAUUACAAUAGCAUUCAAAAGGAAGACAUUCAGCAUUUUAGGAAAAUAUUGGAUUCUAAAAGAGUGGUUACUGAUUCAGUAGAUUUGGAAAAAUAUAAUACCGAUUGGUUCUUUCAAGUAAGGGGUACCAGCAAUAUUCUACUCAAACCAAAAACCACUCAAGAAGUUUCCAGUAUACUGCAUUAUUGCAAUGAAAAUAAAUUAGCAGUUUGUCCUCAAGGCGGUAAUACCAGUGCCUUAGGGGGAUCAGUUCCAGUUUUUGAUGAAGUUAUUGUUUCCACUGAAUUAAUGAAUAAGAUCAUUAGCUUAGACGAAGAUUCAGGCGUUGUAACCUGUGAAGCUGGUUGCAUAUUGGAAAAUAUAGACAAAUAUUUAGAACCUAAAGGUUUUAUAGUACCUUUGGACAUCGGUGCUAAAGGAACUUGCCACAUUGGAGGAAAUGUGUCGACUAAUGCUGGUGGAAUGAGAUUAAUCAAAUUCGGUAAUAUGCACGGCAAUGUCCUCGGAAUUGAAGCAGUAACAGCGAAUGGUGAAAUACUAGAUUGCCUCAGUAAUCUCAAAAAAGAUAACACUGGCUAUCAUCUGAAGCAUCUCUUUAUAGGUUCCGAAGGUACACUCGGUUUUGUAACUAAAGUAAUUUUGCAAUGUCCACCUCGACCCAAAUACAGAAACGCCGCGUUCCUAGGUUUGCAGAAUUUCGAUAAAGUGCUAAAAACAUUCAAACUACUUAAGGGACAUCUAGCCGAGAUUCUAUCGGCUGUUGAAGUUAUUGAUACGCCCACCAUGGAAUUUAUACGGAAAGAAAACAAACAGGACUCCCCGAUAGGGGAUUACCCUUUCUAUUUAAUGAUUGAAACGUCUGGAAGCAACGAGCAACACGACGAGGAAAAGUUGCAUCUAUUCCUCGAAGAAGCUUUAAAAACUGGAUUGAUUCUCAAUGGCACUGUCGCAAGCGAGCCAGCUAAAAUACAGGCAAUUUGGUCGAUAAGAGAAAACAUUGCAAAUGGAUUUAGAGCUUACGGGUCCAGAAUGCUGCAAUACGACACUUCGCUGCCGUUUAAGGACUACUACAAUAUAUUAGAGCCGAUAAAAGAAUCAACGGAGGGAUUGAGCGAACGCGUAUUUGGGUUCGGACAUUUAGGGGACGGUAAUUUACAUUUGCAAAUCAUUUUGAAAAACGAGGCAACGGACGAAUUAAAAAGCCGAGUAGACGCUGUCGUUUUCGAAAAAGUUGCUGCAUUCAAUGGUAGCAUCAGCGCAGAACACGGCAUCGGCUUUCUCAAAGCCAAAUACAUGGAUAAAAUUAAACCAAAGAAUACUCUAAAUUUAAUGCGAAAUGUGAAAAAACUAUUGGAUCCGAACGGGAUCCUAAACCCUUAUAAAGUUAUAGUGUAA